UUAAGACUAAAGGUCCAAGGAUAAAACAUAGCCAAUAAAAUAUUUGUGUACAUAUAUACUUUAUAUAACCAAAUAUAAUUAAUUAAAAGAACCAUUACAUUAUUUUAUUUUUAAUGUAAUAAAAAAUGCCUCCAAAAUCUAAACUGAAUUCUAAGGAAACAGGAAUGAAUAAAAAGAUUUCAGAUCAAUCAAAAUUGACACAUACUUGUGUAGAAACUAGUAGUGGUUUGAGUCAGGAAGCUGAAGAUCAAUUUGAAUUAGAAUUAUGUUGGUGUGUUCAACAGUUAGAAAUGUGUUUGUCCACUGGAAAGCUUCCUGAGAAACAAAUGCAUGACUUAAAAAGAAAUAUAAAUAUUUUAAAGAGCAAUAAUGCCUCUUUGAUAAAAAAGAGACAAAUAAUGCGUAAUACUUUAGGAAAUUAUAGAGAAAAAAUGGCUUUGGACGAACAAAAAUUUGGCAAAACAGCAUUUUCUAUCAAAUUUAUGCCUAUAGCCAAUCAAAAUAAGAAAAGUAUAUUUUUGAAGAGAGCUGCUUCUAUAUCUUCUUCUACAUCUUCAAAGGAAAAACAAUAUUUGAAAACUAUCGCACUAUAUCCAAGCUCAAAUGAAAAUACUAUUGAUAUUAAUAAUGUACAAAAUCCAUUUAAAUUUAAUUUUCAAAUUACUGAAUAAAAGAAUUUUAUAU